AGCUUAUAUGCCCACACCAGUACACCACUUACUAUUACACUGCCUUGUGUUAAUUUGAAACCACCUCGCAUGAAGAUCGUGGGAUUAUAAUGAAGAUACGAAAAUGAAGCCACCCCAAGAAAAAAUCUAACUGCGAGAUCCAUAAGAAACAGGGGCCCAUCAGUUUACAUCAGUCGGCCCAACAAAACAGGUAAUUUUGGCGGUUUUUUUUUUUUUUAACGAAUCAAGGUUUCAUUCCACACAAAUUUCAAAAGGUUUUUCAUUGCCGCCUAAACCCUCCCUCUCCCAAAUCUUAUCUUACAUUUACAUUCUCAGAAAUCAGAUCUAUCGCCUAUCAUUCUCAAACCCUACCCCUCUCUCUCUUUCAAUCAGUUCAAUAAUCUAUCAUCAAUCACAGCAGCGAUGGAGAGCGAUGACGAUUAUCAGUCAUUCUCGCCUCCUGAUCAAAUUUCGCCUCCAGCAGAGCAUCGAAAGCUCAAACGCUUGAAGAAGAAAGCAAUUAGGGUUUCGAACGACCCUCUCCCUCAAUCGGUGGAUGAAGCGUUGUCGAUGCCUCCAGUUGAUUCGUACGAAUCGCAAGGUAUGGACUCUUCUGAAACCCUAGGUUCUGAGGGUCAUAAUGAGCCACUUCGAUCUGAGUCCCCAUCUGAGGGUUUUGAUGAGGGCAAUGAGUUGAAUUCUGCUCUCGAUGGUUUGUUUUCUGAGGAAGAUCGUAAAAGAACUAACAGAGCUUUGGAUUUUGAUGAUAUGGUUGAUGGAUUUGACGGAAAAGAACUUGGAAUGGAUGAGAAAAUUGCUGAUUUGAAGAUGGAGAGAACUGAGAAGAAACGAGUUAAUGAAGAGGGGUCAAAUGAAAAGGAGGAGAAAAAGAAGCGAUCUGAGUCCCCAUCUGAGAGUUUUGAUGAGGGAAAUGAGUUGAAUUCUGCCCUUGAUGGUUUGUUUUCUGAUGAUGACCGUAAAAAAACUAACAGAGCUUUGGAUUUCGAUGACAUGGUUGAUGGAUUUGACGGAAAAGAACUUGAUGAAGGUGGGGGAAUGGAUGAAAUACUUGCUGAUUUGAAGAAGGAGAGAGCUGAAAAGAAAAGGCUUAAUGAAGAGGGGUCAAAUGAAAAGAAGGAGAGAAAGAAGAAGAGAGUUGAGAGUGUUGGUGACGAUACAAAGACCAAAAGAUCUAACUCCAACAAAAGAAGGGAAGACAAGGAAAGAAGAGCUCAUCUCAACCAGCUUCAUGCUGACUCCCAAAGACUGUUGAGGGAAACUAGAGAUGCUGGAUUUAAACCCGUUCCAGUGGUAACAAAACCAAUAUCUUCAAUUUUGGAGAAGAUUCGGAGAAGGAAGCUUGAGUUAUCAAAAAAAUUUGUUGUUCUGAGUAAUAAUUCUUCUAUUGCUGAGAAUCAUGUUUCUUCGAGAGAGGUUAUGAUGGAUGCCAAAGCUGAAGAUGUCUCUAUUGAUGAUCCAAAAUCUGAUCAAUUUGGAAAUCCAGUGCAAGAGGACACAAUUGCAUGUCACGUGGAUGUAGAUUGCAGUUUGGAUGUUCCUCAGAUGGAUGGACCUAAGGAAUCUGCAAUGCAUUCAAGUCAUGAAAAUGAUCUGUCCCAGAUGGCAUUAGACAACGAGGAAUGUACACAAGCAUUUCGAGCUCCAAUUGAUGAUACACAGGAUCUGUUCUGUGAUUCACAAACAAGUGAGAGUAAAGAUGAGCUGCCUGAUGACCAACAGGCGAGUCCUUUGGAAGAAUUAUUGGCACCAUCUUUGCCUGCAAUGAAUUUGAAGUUUGAUUCUGCUCCUCCUGAUGGCAUUUCUUCUGAUGAAGAGGACAAUGACAAGGAGAACGUUGAUCCCGGUCCACAUAGACUUGAGAACAGGUGUUCUUCUCCAAAUGGCGAUCCUGUUAAAGCUUUUGUUGAUGAUGAAGCUGUUGAAGAAGAUGAUAGUGACAAUGACCUAUUCCGCUUCCAAGAAAAUGAAGAAGAUCAAGACAAUGAAGAUUUGGAUGAACUUAAUGAUAUGAUAGCAACCCAAUUUGAAGAAAAACCAACUGAUAAUGAAAAGCGCAAUGAACUUCAUCAGAAGUGGCUUGAGCAACAGGAUGCAGCUGGAACGGACAAUCUUUUACAGAUAUUGAACUGUGGUUUGAAACAAAAAGAUGCAAUUUUGCUUGAAGAGGAAGAAGAAGACGAUGAGGAUGAAGAAGAGUUCAGUGAUGAAGUUGCAGAUGAUCUGGUACCAACAAAUAUCCCUCAAAUGAAUUCAAGAAAAGCAAAGCAAAUGAUUUCUCAGAUGUUUUCUGAUAAAGAUGAUGCAUACCUGUCAUCUGAUGAAGAAGAAACAGAGAAGAAAUUAGUUAAACAGAGGUUGCUUGACAGAGCUGAAGAGCAGGCUACAUUCUUGUCACCUGCUGAGGAUGAGAGUUCAAGAGAAGUUUUUGGUCUCAUAAAGAAGCUGAAUAUAGCACCUGACACAAAGAGGAAGACAAAAGCGUCAUCAUUCUUUGAUACGCUGUCAGCCGGAGGAAAUAGCAGCAGCUCUUCAAAGUCAUCUUUUCUGGGUCGAGCAUCAAGCCAUUCUUUUCCAUCAUCGCAUAAGCAAGGAACAAGCAAGGUUCGAUCUUUCAUUUUUGGACGAGACGACAGUAAUAGCAGGAGUUCAAUCUCAAUUUCAGAGGAUUCUUCAGAUACAAUUCCAAGCGAAAACCGAUCUACAAGGAAUGUCACAGCCAAGUUUAGUAGCUCACAAUCCAAAUCAAGCACUCAGAGCAAAAAGAUUGCUGCUGAAACUGUUUCUGGUACUUCACUUUUUGAAAUAUUGAAGAGGUCUUCUUCGCUGCAAUCGAACCCCUGUAAUCAGGACAGUAUGGUUGGCCUAACUCAAACUGUAUUUGCCUCUUUUAAAAUUCCAAAGAAGCCGAUAAAGGUUGAAGGAAGAAUCUAGUACAAAUUAAAGACUGCAAACCUUUUUUUUUUUUUUUU